AUGCGGACGUUGCUGCUCGCCUGCCUCGCCUCUGGCUCAGGCCGCGCCCAGCUGAGCGCGCUGCGGGCGAGUUCCGACUGGGACGGCGCGCACGGCCUGCUGUGGUGGGCGCUUCGCGAGGCUCCCUCAUCGGCGGAGACGAUCCACUGCAACGUGGUCCUCGCCGCCCUCUCGGACGCCGCCGAGUGGGAGCGCGCGCUGGUGCUGCUCGAGCACAUGCGCGCCGCCGGCCUUCCGCGCGAUGGCUACUCCUUCUCCUCGGCCAUCUGCGCGUGCGCGCGGGCCGGCCAGCCGGAGGCGGCGGUCGAGACGUUCAAGGCCAUGUGCGCCGACGACUCCGUCGAGCCCUCCUCCGUCGCCUUCAACACCGCGCUCUCCGCAGCGCAGCGCGCCUCUGACCCC